GUUUUUGGCAGUUCGUAGCGCCGCGCCGCGCCGGGAAGGACCGAGGCCGGCUUUUGAGUGGGGGGUGGGCGGCGGGCAUGGCCGGGGUCUCGGCGGAGAAGAGCACGCUGCUUCAUCUGUUCGCCGGGGGAUGCGGAGGGACGGUGGGGGCCAUCUUCACCUGCCCUCUGGAAGUGAUCAAGACAAGGCUGCAGUCCUCAAGGUUGGCCUUCCGGGCGGUCUAUUAUCCGCAGGUCCAUCUGGGCACGCUCAGCGCCGAAGGCGUGGUCCGUCCCACCUCUCUGCCCCCAGGUGUCCUCCAGGUGCUGAAGUCCAUUUUGGAAAAGGAGGGCCCGAAGUCACUCUUCCGUGGGUUGGGCCCCAAUCUGGUUGGAGUCGCGCCAUCCAGGGCGGUUUAUUUUGCGUGUUAUUCCCGAGCGAAGGAGCAAUUCAACCGCGUCUUCGUACCCAACAGCAAUAUGGUCCAUAUUGCUUCAGCGGCUUCCGCAGCUUUUGUGACUAAUUCCCUGAUGAAUCCCAUCUGGAUGGUGAAAACCAGAAUGCAGCUGGAAAGAAGAGUCCGUGGCUCGAAGCAAAUGAACACCCUCCAAUGUGCCCAGUAUGUUUACCGCUCAGAAGGUGUCCGGGGUUUUUACCGAGGCCUGACCGCCUCCUACGCGGGCAUCUCCGAGACCAUCAUCUGCUUCGCUAUUUAUGAGAGAUUGAAGCAACUCUUAAAAGAUCCCAGCCGGUCUCCUUUCACGGGAAACCCGGAGAAGAGCUCCUCCCAUUUCCUCGGGAUCACGGUUGCUGCCGCCGUUUCCAAAGGAUGCGCGUCCUGCAUCGCUUACCCACACGAGGUCAUCCGGACAAGGCUACGCGAGGAAGGAACCAAGUACCAGUCCUUCCUCCAGACGGCCCGGCUGGUAUUCCAGGAGGAAGGAUAUUUUGCUUUUUACCGCGGACUUUUUGCCCAGCUGAUGAGGCAAAUCCCAAACACGGCUAUCGUCCUGUCCACCUACGAAUUGAUCGUGUAUCUGUUAGAAGAGCAAGUGAAGUAGCAGCUGGCAUCGAUUCCGAAGCCCAGACCGUACGCAGCCAGUAACAAAAUAUAAUAAUAGUAAUAAUAAUAAUAAUAGCACAACGAUUGUGGGACAGUUCACAAUACGCUAGGAAAAAACAAACUUUGAAACGGACAGUCUGCUUGCUGGAUGUUGUUUUGAGGAGGGGGCAUUUCUCCUCUCCACAACCCCCAUCCCUUUUUCCCCCCAGUGCAAUUUCCCUUCCAAAAUCUUUGGUUUUUAAAGGUACGUAUGUUUAUAAGGGUUAUGUAUUUUUUUUUAAGUUAAAGGAGAAAAAGGUUCAGAAAUUAAAAAGAAUGACUGAAUUAAAUUAUGCUA